UCUGCUCCCGGCUUUCCGUGGGCCUUCGGCCACGCCGGCACCAUGGAUGGUGUGCUGGACCCACAGGUGGCUAGCCGCGUGAGCGCGGUGGAGGCAGAGAUUCAGCAGCUGAAGAUGCAGCAACUGCAGGAGCAACAUCAACAUUUAAUGCAAAUGCAGCAAGUGCCUUCUCCAAGUUUCACCACACCGCGCUUGCCGCCCAUCGGUCGUGGCGCUGCCGUUGACUCGCCACCGGUUCCAGCGUCGGUUCCGCCGAGCGCGCCGAACGAGGCGCACCUGGAGCUGAUGGCGGCGCAUCGGGAGCUGCUGAAGAUGCUGCAAAACCACACGAAAUCCGCGGAAGAAAUCGAGAAAUCGCGGGAGAAACAGAUCAAUGACUUGCUAAAGGCCAAUCAACAGCUCCAGGAACAGGUGAGUUCCAUGACUCAGGGUCCGAAAGUUGGGGCCAAGAGGAUGGCUCGGGUGAUUUCCAACGAUUUACCCAUCAAAGCACCUAGAAAUCUCACCGUCUUGGACAAUACCUUGCUGUUCUUGCCCGAAAAGGCGGUACGAGAAUUUAAUCUGGAGCCAAACAUGAACGACAAAGGGGAUGAGGACAAAUAUAUGUGGGUUGGUCGUGUUUGGGAGUUGCGUGCUCUUUUAAUGCACCAGAGCAACGACAAGGUCCAGACCAUCACCACGGACAGCGAGCAGCUGUCGGAGUUCCGCAAGCGAGAACUGAAGGCCAAGCUGAAAGAUCCUGAGCUUCGCCCCAGGUUGAAGCGCCUGGCUGCCAGGUGGAGGGGCGCUGCGCAACGCUUGCGCUGCAGUUUUUCGGUGCUUCGGCGCUUGAAGUUUUCGCAUCUUCGAGGAACCCUGAUCUAUGCGCACGGCUCGGGCGGUUGUAGCUGGGACAACUACCGCAUCUGCCGCAUGAUCUGCGGCAUGGGGAUGUUGGUCAUCGUGCCGGACGGCUUCGCGUAUCCCAAAGAAACGGCCAUGGGACAGAUGCGACAUAAAGAGCUCGCACCACUGCACAGAGCCAAUGCGGAUGUGGACUAUUGGGCCAACGAUCUGCUCUACACCUCAAGUGCAUGGGGCACUUUCAACUACUCCAGCAAGGCCGACAGUGUUUUGAAAGAUCCACAGGAAUAUAAAGACAUGUACGAGAAGUGCUACCAACUCCGGCGAUCAGAGCUGCACUUCAUCAUCGCUCGGUUGCCGAAAUGGGUCUUGUCCCAAGGGAUCUUCCUGGGAGGCACUUCAGAGGGUGCUAUGACGGUGACCAGAUUCGAUGACCAGAGAUAUGGGGAUUUGAUCAUUGGGCGCUUCAUUAACAGCUUCAGCAUGGAGUAUUGCUACUUCACACCGGAGCCGGAAGCUGGAUUGUUGGGUGGGAGGUUGGACAUCCCCACCCUGAACAUCAUCGGCACCAAGGAUCAAUAUUUCGGGCCGGAGGAUAGUGUGGCCAAGAUCGUGACAGAGCACGGAGGAUAUGGAGAUCGAUAUCUAACUGGGAAUGGAUUCAAGACCAUGGUCCGUCAAGGAGUGAAAACUGGUUUGGUUUGCAGCCUUGAGGAAGGUGUGCACUCACCGUGCAACACACACGACAACUUCCUGCGGCCGCUGUUCAACGCCUUUUUCUCCAGGACCGUGGCGAUUUGGGAGUUGCAUAAGAUAUGGCAGGCGGAUCCGACCUUGGCGUCACUUGUGGAACUGGUUGAAACAACUGCCAGCAACAACGCUGAUUGCAGAGUGACUGUCUUGCACGUCCCCAAGAUGAAAUUCCCAAACCACAUGACGAUGAGGGAAAUCCACAUCAUUCGCACCCACGAAGAAAUCACGGAAGCGAGAUUGAAAGAACAGGCACUGAUUGAUGCUGAGAAUGGAGAAAUCAAAGAGCUGUUGACGAGAGCUCGAGCUGAAGCCUUUGAAGCAAAGAAACUUAGCUCCCCUCGGAGUAUGAAAUCUCAUAAUUACUAUGCCAGGGAUAAAUUGGCCAUGAAAGGCGACUGGCACGCCUGGUUAAGGCAACAUUCACGUGGAUAGAUUGGAUGGGUGUGGGUAC